GCUACAGAGAUCUGUAUCUGGAGUAUUUGGAAACAGGCUUAUCUCCACAUUUGCCUAGAAUUUCUGCAUCUAGAGAUUUCCUUCCUGCAGUAUCCCUGUAUGCAGUGAUCAGCAGCCUGUGACUUGCAGGAGAGGUGCCCAUCCUUGAUAGCUCAUGUAAAAUUAAACUUGGUCUGGUCGUUGGUUUACUCUGUUAUGAAAUAGAAGCUCUCAGUGUCACUGCUUUUAAUGCAUGGGAGGAUAAUUUUUCUUAAAAAAAAAAAAAAAAAAUCAUGGCGAUGUUAACUCUCUCAGCCGACUAGUGGCACCAAGGAAAACUGCUCGGGUCUGAAUUACCAGAGGAAGAAAGCUGCAAUUACAGUACAUUUCCCUAUUACAAAGAGCGUCGGCUUUGCCAGGAAGAGCCACACGCAGCACAAAGCACAUCACAAAAGAACUUUGGUAGUGAAAUGACUUGUCUUCAUUCAUAUAUGCUGGUAGCAUGUUUAUUCAGUGUGUGCCUCUGCUAAGAGCCGCUUCCUUCAGAUGCCCUAGAAUGCCGUUUGUGUAGCUGGAGAACUUAAUGAGUAAUAAAUGUGCUUGUCUCGCCAAUAUAAAGUAUUUCCACAGCCUGUAGCUGUGUUUAUAGAGAGCGGGAGAGAGACCACAGGCAGCAAUUUGUCUUCUUAGGUAUCAGCAAAGUCUUCUCUUUUAACAACUAGACGAUUUAUUUUUAACUGCUUGACUCAGUGUUUGUCAGAUGAUUCGGACCAUCAAACUGCAGAUUGAAGUCCCCAGCGCGGGGGAAGCUGGAAUGGCAAGGGAAAGUGGGCUGGCUGGGAAAAGGGGUGGGAUUUUAGAAUCGUGCCUGUGUAGCUCUGCCUCCCGAUGUGGGAGAGAGUUAAGGGCUUCCAGCAGCAUGAGUGUAUUUGCAGGUCAAGCUGGGAACUAAAGGGUAAUGGCUGCCUUCAGCUGCUUAAAGACAUAAUUGCCCAGCGAUUGGGGUAUUGUGGGGAGCAACCAGGGACCCAGGGACCAGAGUGUUCUGAGCACUGCGCUUCGCUCUUCUGCAAAUUAAGCUUUUCUCCUGCUUGAUGCUGCCUGUCUUCGGAAGCCUCUCACCAUGAUCGAUAGCUCCAAGAAGCAGCAACAGGGCUUCCCAGAGAUUUUAACUGCUGGGGAUUUUGAACCAUUAAAAGAAAAGGAAUGCCUUGAGGGGAGCAACCAGAAAAGUCUCAAGGAAGUGCUCCAGCUGAGGCUGCAACAAAGGAGGACGAGAGAACAACUCGUGGACCAGGGCAUCAUGCCACCUUUGAAGAGCCCAGCGGCAUUCCAUGAACAGAUAAAAAGCUUGGAACGAGCCAGAACCGAAAAUUUUUUGAAACACAAGAUUCGGAGUCGACCAGAUCGUUCUGAACUUGUCAGGAUGCACAUUUUAGAAGAAACAUUUGCAGAGCCAUCGCUGCAGGCUACUCAGAUGAAGUUGAAAAGAGCUCGACUAGCAGAUGAUCUGAAUGAAAAGAUUGCUCAAAGACCUGGUCCUAUGGAGCUGGUAGAGAAAAACAUCCUUCCUGUAGACUCCAGUGUUAAAGAAGCAAUUAUAGGCGUUGGGAAGGAGGAAUAUCCCCACACUCAGGGCGAUUUCUCAUUUGACGAAGACAGCAGUGAUGCUUUGUCUCCGGACCAGCCUGCAAGUCAGGAGUCACAGGGGUCAGCCUCAUCCCCAAGUGAGCCAAAAGUUAGUGAAUCGCCAUCUCCUGUGACUACAAACACUCCAGCCCAGUUCGCUUCAGUGUCCCCAGCAGUUCCUGAAUUCUUGAAAACUCCUCCAACUGCAGAUCAGCCUCCCUCACGGCCUGCAGCUACUGUCCUCCCCACAAACACUGUGUCCUCAGCAAAGCCUGGCCCAGCACUGGUGAAGCAAAGCCAUCCCAAAAAUUCAAAUGACAAACACCGUAGCAAAAAGUGCAAAGAUCCCAAACCACGGGUAAAGAAGUUAAAGUACCACCAAUACAUACCACCAGAUCAGAAGGGUGAGAAGAAUGAACCACAGAUGGACUCCAACUACGCCCGCCUGCUCCAGCAGCAGCAGCUGUUCCUACAGCUGCAGAUCCUGAGUCAGCAAAAGCAGCACUACAACUACCAGACCAUCCUGCCUGCACCAUUCAAGCCACUCAAUGACAAAAAUAAUAACAGUGGGAAUUCAGCAUUGAACAAUACCACACCUAACAUACCAAGACAGAAUACAGCUGCUCCUGUGAGAAAGCCAGGACCUCUGCCUUCUAGCCUGGAUGACUUAAAGGUAUCAGAACUGAAGACAGAACUGAAGUUAAGGGGUCUGCCAGUGUCGGGCACCAAACCAGACCUCAUUGAGCGCCUGAAACCCUACCAGGAAGUGAACAGCAGCGGCCUUGCUGCUGGGGGCAUCGUGGCAGUGUCGUCGUCAGCCAUUGUCACCAGUAACCCAGAAGUCACUGUGGCCUUGCCUGUUACAACACUACACAACACUGUGACUAGCUCAGUUUCCACUCUCAAGGCAGAAUUGCCAUCUACCGGAACCAGCAACACAGCCCGUGUGGACAGUGUUCAUUCCCCUCUGCCCAUUUCACCAUCUCCCUCCGAACAGUCCAGUCUCAGUACCGAUGACACAAACAUGGCAGACACUUUCACUGAGAUUAUGACCAUGAUGUCUCCUUCACAGUUCUUGUGUUCGUCUCCUUUGAGAAUGACAAAUAGUGAAGACAGUCUGAGUCCCACCAGCAGCACUCUGUCGAACCUAGAACUGGAUGCAGCCGAGAAGGAUCGCAAGCUUCAGGAGAAAGAGAAGCAAAUCGAAGAGCUGAAGAGGAAACUGGAACAAGAGCAGAAGCUCGUGGAAGUGCUGAAAAUGCAACUUGAGGUUGAAAAACGAGGGCAGCAGCAGCGGCCCCUGGAAUACCAGCCCAGUACCCCAGGUCAUUCUGUCAACAAGUCAGAUCAGAAACACAGCAGCCUUGGCUCCUCCAUCAAAGAUGAGGCUUCACUCCCUGACUGCUCCAGCUCCAGGCAGUCCAUCCCAGUAGCCAGCCACUCUGUAGGCCAGCCUGUCUCGACAGGUGGCCAGACCCUUGUUGCCAGAAAGGCUGUGGUUAUCAAGCAGGAGGUCCCUGUGGCCCAGGCAGAGCAGCAGAGUGUCGUCUCGCAGUUUUAUGUGAGUUCCCAGGGACAGCCACCGCCUGCUGUUGUUGCUCAGCCCCAGGCUUUACUGACCACACAGACUGCUCAACUGCUGCUCCCAGUGUCCAUCCAGGGUUCAAGUGUCACCUCAGUGCAACUCCCUGUAGGCAGCCUCAAACUCCAGACUUCACCACAAGCCGGAAUGCAGACUCAGCCUCCAAUAGCAACUGCUGCACAAAUAUCAACUGCUGCCUUGGCCCCAGGCUUAGCCCCAGCUGUACCUCAAACACAAGACACGUUCCCACAGCAUGUGCUCAGUCAGCCUCAACAAGUCAGAAAGGUUUUCACAAACUCAGCAUCAUCAAAUACAGUUCUUCCAUAUCAGAAACAUCCUGCUCCAGCAGCCCAGCAGCCCUUUAUUAAUAAAGCCUCCAACAGCAUUCUUCAAUCCAGAAAUGCUCCACUUCCAUCCCUGCAAAAUGGACCUAACACACCCAGCAAGCCUAGUUCACCCCCACCACCCCAGCAAUUUGUCGUCCAGCACUCUCUAUUUGGGAGCCCAGUCGCCAAGACGAAAGAUCCCCCCCGCUAUGAGGAGGCCAUCAAGCAGACACGCAGCGCACAGGUCACCCUGCCAGAGAUUUCCAACGCACACAGUCAACAGAUGGAUGACCUCUUUGAUAUCCUCAUUAAGAGUGGAGAGAUCUCCCUCCCCAUAAAAGAAGAGCCUUCUCCUAUUUCCAAAAUGAGACCAGUGACAGCCAGCAUCACCACAAUGCCAGUGAAUACAGUGGUGUCCCGGCCACCACCCCAAGUCCAAAUGGCACCACCUAUAUCUUUAGAACCUAUGAGCAGUUUAUCUGCCAGCUUAGAGAACCAACUAGAAGCUUUCUUGGAUGGAACUUUACCCUCAGCCAAUGAAAUUGUUCCACUACAAAGCAGCAGUGAAGACAGAGAGCCCUUCUCUCUGAUCGAGGACCUCCAGAAUGAUCUGCUCAGUCACUCAGGUGUGCUGGACCAUUCACACUCGCCCAUGGAGACUUCUGAGACCCAAUUUGCUGCAGGUACUCCCUGUCUGUCUCUUGACCUGUCAGACUCAAACUUGGACAACAUGGAGUGGUUAGACAUUACCAUGCCCAACUCCUCUUCUGGACUCACUCCUCUCAGCACCGCUGCACCGAGCAUGUUCUCUGCCGACUUUCUAGACCCACAGGACCUACCACUACCAUGGGACUAACGUCACAGAUUCUUCUGUCAGAGUUGAUGAGGUUUAAGAACAUGAAGAUUCUAAAAGGUCAGUUUUUAGCGAUAGAUCUAUAGUUGCAUUGUUGCAAUUCAAAUGUUGUCACAGAAAGAAUAGGUGGAAGGUCAUAGCCUGGAACCCAAGUUUGAAAACAUUUCAUUGUGUUCAGUAGUGAAUUUCUACAAUUUAACAUAGCGCAGGGCCUUCUGAAAAACACGCUAGUCAAAGAAGACUCAUCUGUUUUGCCAGACUUCAGUAAAGAAUGCAAAGUACCUUUAGAUACAAAGAAAAGUAAUGUAUGCAGCACAGUGAUGUUAGGAUUCUGGUAAUUAACUACAUUUAAAUCUCUCUGGUCUCUUUAAGACCCUAAAUAAAAGGCAGACAGCUCCACUCAAAAAAUAAGGCCGAUGUUGGGGAGGUGAGAGGUCACUGCACUUGGUACUUCUUAGAGAUGGCCAGAGCCAGGCCCAAGACACAGCAGGGGUCAAAGGCAGUGGAGAGCCCUGGCCAGUUCAGUGACAACUUUGGCUGAAGACUUUUGGUUCUAUUCAGAAACCUAUGGUUUUUUUUUGGUGGUGUAGUUUAUUUUGCAAUUUUUGGAAUCUUACUUCGUAUUUCCAAAUUUAAAUUAAAAUGGAAGAUUUUUCACCAUAAUCAGAAGAUAUCUACAAAAUACUGUCAGAAGUCCAGGUAUACUGAUUAACACUGAAAAUUAUUUAGCAACCCUCUGGGUUGGUUAGAUUGACUUUAAUGUAUAUAUUAGACAUUUGUAUGUAUGCUGACAUUGUGAUUUGUACAGCCUACAUUGGGGUAAGGAAAUGGGUAUCCAAGGUCCUACUUUUCUAAUAGCUCGAAUAUUUCUAGAGUACUUGAGCCACAUGUAUUUCUGUAUUUAAAGAAUUGCUGACUAACUUUCAGGUAACCAGACCCAUCUCAGAGAACCAAGAAAAGGCUUUAGCAGGAAAUAUCUUUCUGAGCUGGUGAGUUAGGAGAAUGAAAGGUAAGGGGAAGGUCUGUCAUCUACCCAGGACAUUCCCAUGAUGAGUAUAGGGCAGACUGUGCCAUGAGGUGGGCCUCCAGGUCCCACCCUGGCCCUCUUUCUUCUGUCACUAAUCCCUGUUAUCAUUUUACAGGCUUGUAACUGGAUGUUCUGCCAGAGCUCUCACUGUAUUGUCAAGCCUAAGAUUGAAAAACUGGAGGUUUUAUUUGUUUUUUUAUAUAUAGAAAAAAAUUACAUAUUUGUUAAGUCAUUUCUUAAGAUUUUUCUAAAAUGCCAACUAUCACAGGAUUAUUUCAAGCUAGUCAUUUAGGCAUAUGACAAAAUGUAAAUAACUAAACAAAAAAACAAAUUACCAAAAGAGCAUGGAGGUUUCUCUUAAAUAAUAAUAUUGUGCUCUCCACCUCACCCUUGUGUAAACCCUCGGGACAGGUCGGUUCCCCUGGGUCACAAUGUGGUAAAUGUUCCAUACUGACAUAUGAGAGGCAGCCUGACCCGGUAUUUGGAAAGAAUUUGUGAAUCAUUUCUGGUUUUAUGUUUUGCCUAAGAGCUGAUCUUAUUUCUGAUUUGUGUGUGUGUGGUUUAUAAAUUUUACUAUGUAUAACAAAAGUCUGCUUUUCCAGCGUGAGCACACUGGAGCCCUCUGCUCACUGGCACUUCCUGACUCAGAGGCACUAACAGUGCUCAUGUGCCUUCCAAACGGUUCAAGGCAGAGUCCACUGUGUUCAGUGUAGUCUGUGAUGAAUAGUUUAAGUGUUCAGAAAUUGGUAAACCAACGCAUGGGAUACAGUAACUCUCUGUUAACCAGAACACCAUCAUUUGACCAAGCCCUACAAGAGUUUACCACACUAGAUGUUCUGUGAAUCCUCGAGCCAGUUCCAUUGAGGGGGGCCUGUCUCCAGGGCCAGGCUAUUUGCUUGGCAAAGUAUUUUUCCUACAGUUCUUGGCCACAGGUGUUUUGCUGUGGGUGUCUGUCUGGGUUUAUCAGGUCCAUACUUAGACUCUGAGCAUCUUCUUCAUUCAGAUUUGAAUGGCUUAUUAAAUUAGCACCAAAUAUCAGUGGGACUGUAGGAGGUAACCGAACACUAGUGCCAUUGACUCUCGUUGAAUAACUUUAUAUUUCCAUAAUCCUGAAUUGUGUACAUAGUUUUCUAGCUCUUGGGUCCCUUUAUUGCUUUUUAAAACAGGGUUUGAAACAUGCCACAGGAAGGUUGCUCUCCAAAAAUACACUGUCCAGUGCACAAAAUGCUAUCUCGUCCUAGUCUCUUUUGACUAUGAAUUGCUAAAGUGCCCACUUCACAUAUGUGUUUAAACCUUUACAUACCAGUACUUCAUGUUUAAGAAGGCAAGGCAUCUCUAGCCAUCAAUUCUGCAAGCCACCCCAUUUGCUCCAUUCUGCUUGGCCCUCCUUUCCUUGCAUGAGUCACCAGCCAGCCAGGCACCUGUGACACGAGUGCUGCUCUCCAGGAUCUCCACUACAUGUUCCAGGUUAGAAUGAGGACACGCUAUGUGCUCACACUCAUGUGACAUGACCAAAGAUGAUACUGUGUAAACAAGGCCCCUCUGAGCUGACUCACUGCACAUGAUGGUGAGUGCAACGAGAAAGAGUAGAUGUUGACUAAAGACGGCUGGUUGUCGUUGUUGAAGUUAGUUCACAGCCAUUACAGCACAAGUCAAAAUUGCCAGUUGAAUUUUCAUUAUGCACUUGUAUAGUUUAGCACUAGUACUGUUGUAUAUCAUAUUGCAGAGUAUCAUAGUGCCAAGAAAAUAACUAACUCUUAGAAACUCAUUCUCACAUCCCCGGUCUUAACUUCCCUACAUGUUCUCAAAACCCGGUAGUAUCAGCCUUACCUUUCUGCUGUACAUAGAUAUCAGAUCCUCCUGCUGGGGGGGGUGGGAUGAAUUUUAAAAGUUUUACCAAAACUUCUGUAAAGUCUUUGAAAGUCUAGGGGUACAUGGUUAUUUUGUACAUUUCAGCAAAGUGUCUACUAGGCAACCUCUUAGGACAGUGUUAGUGGUUCACGUUCUAGUGUUUUUCCUGAAAUGUGCAAUCUACUGUAUAGUAUUUGCCACAUAUUUGUACAUAGAUGUAUUCUGAAUUCGUGGAAUUUCUUGCUUAGAUAAUGUGUUUGUUUCAUAUGAAUAUUUUUGUAAUUCUAAAAAGAUUUAUUUAAAUUUUCUUUUUAAAAGCCACAUGGUUCUGUGAUCCAUGUAACUGACACUUUUUGGCUUUCAGUGCUAUUUAGAAAGAGUGGCAAAAGCAGGGUGGUGGUGCCUGCAAGCCACUGACUGUGGGCAGCAAAGUCAUAGUAAUGAGAUAGCCUCUGAGCUCUGCAGUCAGCAUGCAGAGUGACGGCUCAGGAGCACACUACCUAUUAGUCACCAGAGCCGACCCAGGCUUCCUGGACCCUCAACCCCAGAUCAUUCCAGGCAGCAUCGCUUUUUUCAGAGUCCUUGCAGAAUUCCCAGGCUGAAAUCAGCCGUAGCAGUUGACCAAACAGCUGUCCCCCACAAGUGACGGGAUAGUCCCUUUACUGUCCUCAAAUGGACUUGGCCUUAGAGAAGGCCACUAUUUUAAAGCACUUUGGCAGAGUUUAAAACAUUUGUGAGAAGCCCACAUUUCAGCAUACAUCCUCAUCAGCUUCCGUGUGCCUGCCUGGUGCUAGCCUCAGAGGAGUCCUGGCUGUCACUCUGGUGGGGAGCUCAUGGUGCCACUGGGCACUUUUUAGAGAAAUUUAAAGAGAACAGCUAUUUACUGUCUACCAGCAGACCAACACAUGUCAGUUUAACUAAAUUCACAAAUAACUAACUCUCCAUUUUUCACUAUCCAUUACUAUAAACAUGAAUGUUGAAUGCUGACAAGAGGAUACCCAUACAAAUCAUCCCACCUGCCCUAGAGGCCACAAAAAAUCAGCCCAAAAUUAUCGAAGCACGUUAACUGGAAGGUGAGGUGUUUCAAGGAACAUAGCUUAAAAGUGGAUCAAUGUGUAUCUGGAGAGCAUCCUAACUGCAUUUCAACUCAUCUUUUAAGUGAUUUCAGUCAAAACUGGAAAACAACUAAGAUAAAGUUAUUUUUUUCCUGGUUCAAACCUUCAAUAACUUGCUCAUUCAGCAGUCUCUCUGAGCUACAUUUUUAUUUGUAAAGUGACUCUGUCUGCAUGGCAAUAAGCAGGUCCAUGUUUUUUCCGCAUUUGCCCUUUCUUGCAGUAUCCAAGGAAACACAUUACAAAGGAUUUCUACCUGAAAUCUUUCAUGGAAGGCCUAUAAUUCGAAAAGCUGCACAUGUUUACAGAAGAGCUCUUAUCCGCCAUGCAGACACUUUGCUCUGUCAUGUCACAGCUUUGUGACAACAAGAUGGCAAUCUCGGAUCUACAAGGUGCUGUCGGGAGUCAAAUAAAAUAUGUUAUUGGAGAUAUCAUCACAUCCACAGUGUUUAACAGAGCUUUAUGCCAACUACUAAGACAAAGCUUUAACCAAGUUUGUAGAAUCACUCAAACUCGUAACAGUUACCUCUCUACGUGAUGCUGUAAAGAAUCUUGCUAAUGUGGCAGGAAGAGGAGGCAUUGAGGAAAGGGUUUAGUAUCUACCAAAAGUAGUUGACCUCAAGUAACCAAUAGUAAUGCAAACUUGCUUUAAAGGAACCAAAGGCAUUGCCAAGUAUUUGCCAAAAGGAGGCACUUUUGUUUAAAAUUUGAGACUCAUGAGAUCUCAAAGAUCAGUCCCAAAAAGGUAUUAUCCACUUAAGGUUAUAAUUUUCACAAAGAUGUAGAUAUUUCUCUAUUGUUUUCAUGUAAAAUAGUAUAGAGUUGUUUUGUUGGUUUAAGAAUAAUAUUCAGUAGUAAUACGAAGUUUUUUUUUUUCUAUGUAGAAAUGAGUUUUCUUCUUUUCUUGCUUGCAAUAGAAAUGCAAUGUGAUAGGUGUUUCUCUUCUUAUUUUCAUUGUCACAUUACGUCUUAGCAUCUCACUUUAUGAAAAAAAGGAGAAAGAUACCAAUCUACAGAGCCCUGCUUGUUGAAGCACUAGUUUAAUAAACAAAAAAUUAUGGCAAUCGGGGGUCCAUUCAUGUAUUGCCUUUAUGUUGUUUUUUAAAAGAAAAACCAUGAUGCCUUUGUAUUUGCUGUUUGCACCCCUGAAAUCAAUUCCGUAUCAUGUUUGAAUGCCAUACAUUUUGCACAUGUACUGUACAUAGGUAAUGCAUACUGUAUUUUUAUAUGUGUGCACAUUUAUCAUCAGAUAUUUUGUACAUAGUGGCAGUAUUGUAGCUGAUCGGGAAAUGUUUGAUAUCUCAGCAAUUUUGCAUUUUUGUGUCUCAAAUAAAAAACAUUUUGAUGUA